CGAUAACUGAGACAUAUAGUGCGAAGCGAAUAAUGGAGCGCCGAACGCCAGUCACCUUGCCCUUCUCCACCUAGUACCUUUAGGCCCGUUCUUUCUUGUGAAGGGUUUAUCACUAAAUAGGCGCUCACUUGAAGUGGACGCGCCCUGUGCUUGCGGCAGCGCAGCACUCGCUGUCAUGUCAAGACUAUUUUCUUGCUUCUUGCAAAGGCCUGGAGGCAGCAAGCGCGAUGCAAAAUGCCAAGCUGUAGAAGCACUUGGUUUACCUGUUAAAGCUGGGGAUCACCAGCCUUGCUCGGAUAAUGAGCAGCUACUUGAGCUCUUACAGUUGCUGUCAUCGUUGGAAGGUGGUGGACUGCCUCUGCUCUUCGACGCUUGUCGGACACUUUGUGGAAACCUCUCCGCUGACCAGGCCAGCGUGUACCUGCUGGGUGAAGACGGCACCGCCACGGUGGUGGCCUGCGCCGGCGUGCAGGGGGUGGCCGCGUUGGGGCGCCGCCUGCGCACCACCCUCCCCAUCUGCUUCGGGGAUGGCCGCCCCAGCUCCUUAUCCUGCUGCUACCUGUCAGCGGUGGGGGAGGUGCUCCGCGAAUUCCAGGUCCGACCGCGCAGGCCCAUCAUAUUCCGCCACGCCGACGUGCGCCUUCCCGCCUCCGCACUCGACCUAGACAGCGCCAUCAUCAGCCACUCGCCCCUCAUCCCCGCCGCCAGCACCGGCACCGGUACGGCCACGCUGGGCGGUACGGCGGGCGGCGGCAGCAGCACGGGCAGCAGCGGCACGACGGGUAGCAGCGCCCUGCUGACCAGCACCGCCGCCGCCGCCACCCCGGCAUCAACAUCCUCGCUGAGGGAAGGCGCAGGCGGCAAGCUCGCCAAACAACUGGGGCCCCAUGCAGCCCAGCAGCAGCACCCUCGGCAGCAGCCCCAGUCCCAGCAACAACCGCUGCCCGAGGAGUGGCAGCGGCUGUAUGUGGAGCACGGUUGUCACCAAUUUGCGGCGGUGGCGCUGGUGAGCUGCGGAGCGCCCAUCGGCGUGCUGACGCUAGCCGCCAAGGGCGCCUCCCGCCCCUCCCGCUGGUCCCCCGAGCUGCUCACCGCGGCCGCCUCGUUGCUGGCCUGCCACCUCAGCCGCGUGCACCCGGGGCUCGCGGAGCCGCUGCACCGGCUGCCGGCAGCAGCCUCGGUGGGGCAGCUGGUGCCGGCUGUGGGCGCGGCGGCGGUUGAGGUGUCGGCGGCGGUGGCGCACGUGAGGGGCCGGGCGCGACUGGCCCUCAUAUCGCAGGACUCCAGUGCCGCCGCCAUAUUCUUGCACCAGACCUCCGCCGGCGACCUGAUCGGCAGUCCAGGCGUGGCGGCCAGGCUGGUGUCCAAGUCGCGUCGCGCCAGCUGCGAGUACGUGAUGGGGCGCCCCAGCGCCCGCAAGCACAUCUACUCGCGGUCCAGUCUGGAUUCGGGGCUGGCGGCCGGCAACGGCUGUGCGCGGUCCUCAUCUUCAGUGGAUGACUCCCGGCGCCCCAGCUGGCGCGACACUGGCACCAACACCUCAAUCACGGAGGCCCGGAAGGCCGCCACGGCCGCGCAGGUGGACGCGUCCUUCACCCUGGGUGCUGCCUGCAAGGGCCUCACCCUGCCACUGGGCGGCACCCUGCUGGCGGAUGCACUGGCUCAGGGCGCCGCAGGGCUGUGCGUCAGCGACUGCGCAUCGUAUGUGCAGGACAAGCGCACUUUCCCCCGCGAUGCCGUGCUGGCCCGCGACGCCUCCAUGCCCGCCUCACUGGUGCUCGCCACGAUCAGCCCGUACGACAAGCCCCUCAUGGCGCUGUACGUGACGUACGACACGCCCCUGCCGCAGCCGCUGCUGCAGGCCGUGGUGCAGGAGCUGCAAGUGCUGUUGCAGGUCAUCGCUCCGGUGAUUUUGGAGCGUAUUAACGGGGCGCUCAGGUCGGAGUGGCACUACCUGUGCACGCAGCUCGAGGAAUCCGUGCGACGCAAGGGCUCCGUGGAGAACCUUACCUCUCCCAGCUUCACUAACCUGCCGAGCCAGGGCGACGCAGACCUCUUCGCCUCCGCCCUCAACCAGCCCAACGGAGGCGGCAUCGGACCUCGCCUCACGUCCAUCGCACCUGCUAACGCCGUCGCAGCAGCUCCUCCAGCCCCAACCCCAACCCCUCCCACAAGAGCCUCCACCCUCGGAGGCGGGGGCCGCGGCGGCGGCGGCGGCGGCCCAACCCGCAUGCGCACGUUUAUUGACGCCGGCGAUGCUUUGCCGUCCGCCAAGCCUUCUCCUCCUCUUGCUCCCGGCCUGCCGUCGCCCUUCAACGCCGCCGCGGCUGCCGCCGCUGUGGCAACGGAUGUGGCCACAGCUGCCGCCGCCGCGGCCCCAACGGCGGCCGCAUCCUCGCCGCCCGCACCCUUACCGCUUCCGCUGCUGCUCCUACGCAACGACCUGAGCCCCAGCUUGCUGCCCGGAGCCGCCAAGAGCAGCCCCGAGCACCGGCUGCCCAGCCUGGCAUUCGCGGCGGCGGCGGGCGAGGGAUCCCUGCCGUACCACGGCGGCAGCGGGCUGCCUGACGGCGGCGGCGGCUGCUGCAGCGCGGUGACGGCGCUGGGCUUCGACGGCGGCGGCGCCGGGGAGGGAUCCGUACGACAGGCGCCCAACCUGCGGCUGUUGAAUGCGCUGGCGGUGCGGAGUGUGUCGUUCCGACUGGAGGCGGCACCCAGCGUGCGAGGCUCGUCCAAGCUGGCCCCCAUCAUCACCAUCAUGCAUGAGCGGCUCAAGGCAGCUCAGGCGGAGCAGAUGACCUGCGGGCGCUCCGAGGCGCGCAAGGCCGACCUGCAGAGCCUGAGGCUGCUGCAGGAGAUCGGCAAGGGAGGGUACGGCACCGUAUACAGGGGCACCUACCACGGCGCGGAGGUGGCGGUCAAGGUCAUUCAGGAGCAGCGGCUGGCGGGGCUGCCACCCGGGGGCACAGCAGCCGACCCGCACCCGCAGCAGCAGCAGCACCCGCAGCAGCAGCAGCAGCUGCAGGUGCCGGGUGUUGGUGGUCCGCAGCACCACAGUGGCUCCGUGCAGCUGCACAAGCAGCACCUGCAUGACGCGAUAGAGCUGGUGGCGAGUGUGAGCGUGAGCCACCCCAACAUCGUGCAGGUGUUGGCGUUCUUCACGGACUGCAAGCUGCAGCCGCGCGACGGCAGCCUGUUGUUUGACUCCACAGCCAGCUUCGAGAUGCCCCCCGGCGGCAUGCAGGAGGAGACGUUUGGGCGCGGUCCAGCCCGCUUGGUGCACAUGCCCUCGCUGCUGGAGUCCCCCUCGCCGGGACAGGACCUGCCGGGCGGCGGCGACGGCGUGUCUGUAGCCCUGGUGAUGGAAUACAUGGACGCGGGCUGCCUGGCAGACGCCAUCCAGAACCGAGUGUUCUUCGAGCGGCUGGAGUCGAAGCCCGGCCCCAGCGGCCGAGCCGGACGCACCCUGGUGGCUGUCAGCAUGCGGGCCGUCUACUCCACACUCCUCGAAAUCGCUCUGGCGCUGCGGCACAUGCACUCGCUGCACCUGGUGCACUGCGACCUCAAGCCGCAGAACGUGCUGCUCAAGAGUGCGCCCCGCGACCCGCGCGGCUUCACCGCCAAGCUGAGCGACUUUGGGCUGUCCAAGACCAUGGCGCGAGAUGAGGACGGACAGCUGGUGAUUGACGAGGCAGUGGCCAGCGGGACCAUCACGCACAUUGCACCCGAGGUGUUCAUGGGCAAGAAGACUCUGGGAGCCGCUGUAGACGUCUACGCCUUCGGCAUCCUCAUGUUCCAGGUGCUGUGCGGCAUGCGGCUGUACGAGGGACUGUCGGCGCAGGAGAUCGCCAACGCCGUCUCCCACUCCAUGUUGCGCCCCAACCUGCCCGCCUGGGUGCCCCCCAGCUACCGCGCGCUUGCAGAGCGGUGCUGGCACCCGCUGCCCUCCGUACGGCCCACCGCGGAGGAGCUGGUACGACAGCUGGAGAAGCUGUCGGAUUUCAAACGUCGCAACCCACGACCACACUCCGGACAUCCGCAGUAGCACCCGCCGUAACACGUAACGCGGGGUGUGCUUGUAUACGGAAGUAUACGCAUACGCAUGUACGUGUAUGGCAACAUAGCGGGUUGCGAGGGAGGCGGCUAGAAGCAAUUGGGAUACGGACGGGGUACGUCGGGAGGCUGUUACCAAGUCAUUACGACAGGAGCGGAACGGCUUUAUACGAUGUCAUUGAUUUCUUCUGUGGGGCCUGAACAGCCUCACGUCCGGGCCGGGGUGGUGGCUUACACGUCGACAGCUCGGAACUCAACUCGACCCAACUCAACUCAGCUCAACUCAACUCGAGCUCGAAUCAAGAGGAGCGGAGCGUUGCUCGAGGCAUGGUAUUGAGGAGAGACUGACGCGACCCGCGAUCAGAGAGGUUUGAAUUGCGAUACUGUAUGUCGUACGUCGCACGUGUAUCGUGCCGCGGCGGCAAAUCAGGAGUGGGGGUUUCGCAGGAAAACCAACAGCACAGCGAGCCGGAGAGGACGACAGAGCAGCAGCAGCAGCAGGAAUGCGGGGUAUCUUUGGCUUAGCGCUACCGGACCCGUACUACUUGGUGGUGGUUUUAUUUAGAUCGAGGACUGCUCCGAGUUGAGUCAGCGUCAGUGUCUGUGCGUGUGCGUAAGGAGGUGCACUGAGUUCAUUAUCCCGGGGUUUCAUGCCAGUGUGCUCCAUUUCAAUUGGUUUGGUUAGAGAAGAGGCGAAAGAAGCGGGCGGCGAUUUGUACGAAGCUUAUUGUACUGCUGGAAGCAGCAGCACGCCACGUAACGCCGGCUAGGUUGCUUUGCGGUCCUGGGGGCUUGGAAUGAUGGGAUUCCACAGUUUUGAGCAGGCGAGCCCCUGCCACACCAACGGGCCCGAACCGGACUGUGCACAUCCUGCAUGUGCGGCUGCGUUCGUGCGUGUUGAGCCUGUCAUGGUUAUAUGACGUGCCGCGUGCAAUGCGUACAAAGUUGCAAUUGCAUACAGAGCUUGACAGAGAGAUGUAGAUGCGUACAUGACCGAGGGAUGCAUCAAGUAAGGGGCUUUCAAAUUGGGACACAUGCGCACUUAGGUGGAGGGGGGAUUACAUGCGAGUAUAAGUUAAUUAGAGGAGUGCAUUAAAGAGUUGGCGGGAUGUUACGUAUCUAAUAUAUCGAUGCUGAUGAGUAUGAGUAUGAGGGUCAUGUGUCGUAUCCGCCGGGUUUGCGCAAGUGCUGCCGCGACGGUCAUGAAAAGUUUCUUCAUCGUUUAUUGGAGGGAAUACAAAACGUGGCAACACGCGUCGAGCCCUCGUGACAGGGUCAGCGUGGGUCAGCGACGGAGGCGGAGUUAAUGGUCAAGGCUUCACAAACGCUAUAAAGCAAAUUCAAUAUCCAUUUCGCCUGUACGUGAUUCUGGUAUUGCUUUUCCGGUUUAGGCACAAUUUGACAAAAGGAACUGCAUCGUUGGAAGAAGUAAGUUAUGAUACCUACCGAAAGACGCGCUGUGGAUGACUGUGCCGGUUUGGGGACGUGUUGUAUGGAUGCGGGCUGAGGAAGCAUUGACCGUAACCCGCGAAAAUUCGUUCCUUUUUGUGCGAGAGAAAAAUUACCGGGAAAGGAACUCGCAAGAGGGAAGCGUGUACCGUGUUUUAAGAGGGAAGCGUUUGCCGUACUGUGGAAAGAGUAUGCCCUAUUUGCGGGCGAUUUUUUCCCCCUGCUGCUGUUUUGCAUUAUUCCCGCCUCCCAUUGUCAUGGGAAGGGAAACGCCCUAUUGUCAAUUGUGGGCGAUUCUGGACGGAGAGGGAUUUUGAUCCGAUGCGGUGUGGCAUGAAGCCCUUUGGAGGGGUGGUGGUGACGGACUGGAUGGAAGGGCAGGACCCUGGCGCAUGGUUCGCAUGUUUCAUCAGGGUGCCUUAUAGCAUGGCGCAUGGCAAUACAUGGGUUAGACACACCCGAUGUAUAACCCUUAACUGCAACGUCGAUGUAUGCUUAUUUUGUAUGCGGAAGCAAUGUGGCUAUGGUUACGACAGGAAUGCGCUAUUUGCAGGGGAUUUGGUUUUGGGGUUUCGGAAAGGAAUUUAAAAGGUAUUGAAAGUAUCGGACCGGUGUUUUAUGGCUUGUACGGGAAUCUUGAGUUGCAAGUUUUGAUUUUUGCUAGGUCAGCAGUGGACGCAAAGGAAGGGGGUGUCAAAGAGGGUUUCAUCACCCCGAGGUGUGCUGCUUCCGUACGUUGAUGUGCGUAUCAUCAACACAGCACAUGGCUGCUUAAUGCCAUCUUUCACCCUGUAGUGUUUCAAAUUUUUGAUUUUGCUUGGUAAUUGACUACGCAUAAACAUAACGUCAAAUGUGGGGGGAAUUUGAUGAAUACGGCCAAGAAGCAUGUACGCUGACUUGCCAGGGGUUGGGGGAAUGAUGACGUUUGUCCUUGUGUCUUUGUUGGGUUCGUUCUUUGUCUCACCUGGGUUUGAUGCAGCAAGCGCCCUAUUUGUAGCAUCUCCAACGCUUCUAUGUAAUGCCGACAUGCCCC